AUGCAAGCCCUGUCCCUCGCCCUCCUUUACCUGGGCUCCGUCUCCUUCUUCGGGCUGGAGGCGGCCAAGCUGGACCUGGCAUCAGAAUUCAAGAGAAACCUCAUUCUGGAGCCCGCCAACCUGCACUCGAGGCGCCACACCAGCCCGCCCUCGCCGCCACUCUCCCACUUGAAUGUGGUGCGCCUGGGCUGCCGCCUGGGGACCUGCCAUGCACACAACCUGUUAGACAUGGUCUUCCACCUGAUGGACAAGAGGAAGGAAUCUGCGCCGCCCAACAAGGUCCACGAGUACGGGCGCAGACGGCGGCGGGGGGACCUGGGCAGAGGCACCCUGAGACCAAGGGAAACGCCUUGCCCUGUUCUGGGGCUGAAGCCCGAAGCUAGGGCUGCCUCGGAAGCACCGGUGGGAUUCCCGGUGUUGGCCUGCCCCCCGCGGCCUGUCUUGCUCCUCUCCGCCGCUCCGUGGCCCCGCCCUCCUCCCUCCCUCCUUCCCCCCUCCCCUCCCCACUCGGGGACGCGCUAUAAAAAAGCGCCACCCGCAGCUGGACACUCAGUAGAAACUUCAGAGGAGAAAGCGAGAGCAGCCUCGGAGGCAACACACAGGGAAAGAGAAGCCUUGCAGAAGCCGCUUGGCUUUGACAUUUGGGAGGAGAGAUCUCGCCUGCCUGCAUCCCAGUGGAUUAUCAACUCAAUCAGGAUGCAAGCCCUGCCCCUCACCCUCCUUUACCUGGGCUCCGUCUCUUUCUUCGGCCUGGAGGCGGCCAAGCUGGACCUGGCGUCCGACUUCAAGAGAAAGUGGAACAAGUGGGUCCGGAGGGACCUGAACCUCGCCGUUGAGCCACUGCUCCGUCCGCAAGACGCCAAGGACGAGCCCGGAAUGGCCCAGCAACCCCGCCUCAUUCCGGAGCCCGUCCACCUGCGCUCGAGGCGCCACGCCCGCCAGGCCACGCCGGCGCUCUCCCACUUGAACGUGGUGCGCCUGGGCUGCCGCCUGGGGACCUGCAACACGCACAACCUGGCGCACAUGAUCUUCCACCUGACGGACAAGGAGAAGGACAGCUCCGCGCCGCCCAACAAAAUCCACGACUACGGGCGGAGGCGGCGGCGCCGGGACCUGGGAGACACCUUCGCUGCCCGCUUCACCCGAUCCCUCGGCGCUCACCAGCGCGCGGGCUCUUUGCACUAGUCGCGAGGAGGACGAGGAGGAGGGAGGCAGGCAGGCCGCAGCCCCCUCCCUUCCUCUCCGGCGUCGCCAAGCAACGGCGGCCAGCGCGAGGACUACCCGGAGGACAAGGCGCGCGGGCGGGCAGGCAGGCAGGCAGGCAGGAAGGAAGGAAGCUUGGCCCUCCGCCGUGCGAAGGGACCUUGGCCUCUCCCGCCCUCUUGUGGCCCCGGGCCCGCCCUCCUUCCCUCCCUCAUACUUGAACAGACUUGGCCAGGGCUUGCAAGUGCAAUUGGACUCAGCGCCGGAGUGAGUGUUGUGGUGGUGGAUGUUGCUGGGUGGAAGAAACUCUCGCCCCCCCCCCCCCCGUCUAUUUAAAAAACACAAAAGAGAUUUUUCCCGCUCCUCUUCUUCCUCUCCUUUUAAACUACAGAGUUAUUUUUAUAUAUAUAUUAUGUAUUUUAUGCAUAUGGGCAUUAUUGGGGUCUUGAUUUAUUUUAUAUUCUUUGUUACUACUUUUUUUGUAAACUAUUGGGAAAUGCCAGCCUUUAUAUUCCCUUGUUACUGUGUUUUGUAAGUACUCAGAUCAGUGGCAGCACCAGUUCAUAAUGUUCAAAGCAGGCCUGGGCCAACUUAGGCCUUCCAGGGGUUUUGGACUGCACCUCCCACCAUCCCUCACAGCCUCAGGCCCUUAUCUUUUCCCCCUCAGGUGCUUAACGCCUGAGGGGCGAAAGAAAGGGGCCUGAGGCAGUGAGGAAUGCUGGGAGUUGCAGUCCAAAACACCUGGAAGGCCCAAGAUUGCCCAUGCAUGAGCUGUCUUGACCUACUAAUUUGCAUAUGGUUUCUGAUUGGCCAGCCUCAACAUUCUAACAUCCUUAAGCGGCUGAGGGGGAAAAGGAAGGGGCCUGAGGCUGUGAGGAGUGCUGGGAGCUGGAGUCCAAAACACCUGAAUGGCCUAAGUUGGUCCGGGUCUGCUUUAAAGUGUCUGGGUUUGUCAAGAAGAAUUUGACAGCUUUCUUGACAGCUUCAUCCCAGACACAUUCUGAAGCAACCCCAACUGGUUUUGAAGGAGGUCGUUUACAAACCGACACACUUCAAAGUGCCACCAAACUCUGUGUAUUCCAGUUCAUUCUUCUGUUUCAAUGUACAUGUGAAGAGUGCCUUUCCCUGAAGCAAACAUGUGGCUCCUGCCAUUGAUGGGCAGGAGACUUGUUUUGGAGGGGAACCGUCAGCUUUUGCUGCUGUCCCUCUUUGGUGGGCUGCCUCAAGUUUUCAUUUUUUUUCUGUGUUUUGGUGUCAUUGCCUUUCUCUGUGCUUCUUUCUCUCACUAGUUUGUCACAUUCCGGAUUGGUAAAAGAUGUACCCCCUCUUCCCGUCAAGGGCAGUAUGUGAAAAAAUAAUAAAACAUUAUCACAUGAA